UCAGCCACAGUCAGUCUAUGUGUGGACAGAUUGUACAUCUCCACCUGCCAGAAAGUGGCCAGCAGGACUUGAGGAACUACACUAACUCCAGAUCGGCCGCUCAGGGGUCUUCACUUCAGUGUGGCGUUGAUAUUUUGAUGCAGAUUGCGGAAGUAACUUUUUUCAGAAGUUUAAGUUGUAGCGUUGGAGGAGAUGUUUGACUUUUAUGUGAAGCGAGAAGACUGGUGUUUAAACAUUUGUUAUUAAAGAGGAAGUGCAAGGAGAAAAAAAUGGAGGAGCCUAAUACUGUCAACUUCAUGAGACUCCUGUCAGAUGAGAGCACUCAUUCCACGCUGUCGUCGGACUCCUGCGAGUACUAUCAGACAGAGAUAUUUGAUCAGCUGCCCAGCGUCCAGGCCAUCCGGCCCGAGCAGAACAAACAGGGUUUUUGGGAAUCCUGCCAGGCCAGCCAAGGUGGCCCAGAGCCGGGGGAGAAGAUCAGCCAUGGCCACCUGUCCAGAGGACCCAAAGACAAGACAUCUACACAGCCGCUCAGGAACCUGGUCAUAUGUAUUCAGGGGAAGAGAGAAACCAGGGACAGAAGGAAGAUGCAAAUCAGCAAUAUUGGUUUUUGGGAGUCCUGGCGGCGGAGCCAGAGCAUCAACAGGAAGAGGGUUUGGGCACAGAUGGUAGGAGCUCUAUCAGGCCUGCUGCCAUGGCAACACACUCUCCACAUCAUUGAAGGCAGGUUUGGAGUUGGCGUGAAGGCUUACUUUGUUUUCCUCAGAUAUCUGGUUUACUUGAAUUUACUUCACUGUGCUCUAAUCUGGGGUUUCAUUCUGGGGCCUACAACAUUUUAUGGCAGAAGCAACAGCAGUGAACCCUUGAGGUUUGGAGGCAAUGACUCUGUUUUGGAUUUCUUCCUGGGAUCGGGCUACGUGGAUCGUUCUCCCGUCUUCCUUGGUUUCUACACUCGUGGAUCCCUGAAUUUGCCGUGCUUGAAUACACCUCUGUUGUACCUCGCUGGAAUCCUCACCAUCCUCUUCCUCAGUCUCAUCAUGGUGGUCCGUAGAAUGACAGUUGGCUACAAGCACACCUGGAUGCUGGGGAAGCGUUACAGUACGAAUGUGAGCUAUAAGAUCUUUUGUGGUUGGGACUUCACCAUCCAGGACCCUUCUGCUGCUACUCUCAAACACAGCUUCAUCAGGAAUGAUAUGAAGCUGUUCCUGGAGGAGCAGAGUUUCUCCCUGCGCAAGGCUCAGAGGACACUUAGUCAGCGGGUGCUUCUCUUCCUGCUCAGGUUCAUCCUCAACCUGCUCGUUCUGUCUCUGCUGGGUGGAGCCUUCUACCUUAUCUACUUCGCCACAGAAAUAUCACUGAAGGAGAGUGUGCACUCCUUUUCUGGUUUUCGUCUGGUCCUCCAUUACCUCCCUCCUAUCAUCCUCACCUUUGUCAACUUGUUCCUCCCUGAAAUGUUCCGCAAGAUCUCAUCUUUCGAAGACUACUCUUUCACCACGCAGGUCAAUGUCACGCUUGUGAGGAUCAUCUUCUUGAAACUGGCCUCACUGGGGAUCUACUUAUUCUUCGUCUUCUCAACAACAGAACAUCAGCAUCACAGGGAUAACACGUUUGGUAGAGAGAUGUACAAGUUGUGCAUCUUCAACUUCCUCGCCACUUUCUGCUACACCUUUCUCUUCAACUAUCCCAUGAAGUUGGUGCAGGAGAAGUACCCCUCAUCCUUGCUGGCCCGGUUGUUGGGGAAACAGCACUUCCUGAUCCCUUUCAAUGUGUUGGAUCUGGUGUACAGUCAGACAGUGUCCUGGGUGGGAGUCUACUACUGCCCUCUGCUGCCUCUGAUAGGAACUGUCACACUGACGGCCAUGUUCUACAUCAAAAAGUUCAUGGUCCUGCGGUGCUGUGUGGCAGAGCAGAGAAUGUUUCGAGCCUCCAGCUCCUCCGUUUUAUUCCACUUCAUGUUGCUGCUCGGUCUCCUCAUGGCUGCAACCACACUAGGCUUCAACUUCUACCAGCAAGACAGAACUAUGACCUCCUAUGGUCCAUUUGGAAAUGGAGAAACUGUGUUUAAUGUGACAAGAGUGUGUGUGGACAGUCUCCCGAAGCUGGCACAGACCGUUCUCCACUACCUGUCCUCUGAGGCCUUCGCCCUGCCGCUCAUACUAGCUGAGAUUAUAAUCCUAACCUCCUAUUUGUCACGGGGACGAGCCAAUCAGAAGGCCAUCGAGAGACUGAAAGACAUGCUGGUCAUGAGCAGCUCAGAUAAGCGUUUCCUGGUGAAACAGCAUGCCAUGAUGCUCAGACGUCAGAGAAACACCCCCAGAGUCCAUUCUGCAGCCAUCAAAGAGGAUGUUCCCCUCAACCACUGGAAGGACCCCCCCUCUACUCAUCCUAACUGAUUAAAGCCCCCAAGCUGUCUGUCAGGCCUGUCCAUCCACAGACUCACACUUAAAAAUAAAGCCUUGCUUUGGCCGACCACAGCUGGGUGGAGGCCUGGGGGUGGCUGAAAAAUAAAAGCAGACUGAUGAACUCUCACUUUUCCAGUUACAUGACAUAAAAAGAUAAGAAAAAGUGGUGACCUUUUAAUUUACUUAAUAUAAUGCAUUUUCUUAAUCUUAGUCACAUGUGCACAUAUUUUCUAUGAGAUUGAACAUUUUGAUUAUUAUUUUAUGGCCCUCAUGAGUUUGUUAAGCCUGAUUUAUAGCCAGAGUUCAAACUUUUUGCUUUUUAAACAGUAAAUGAAUAAUUUAUGCAUAUGAAUAUAAUUUUAGUCAUCAUUUCUAGGAUGGUGGUAGUAUUUAGUUGUGUUCCAAAAUGUUAUUUACCUGUAUUCAAUGAACUGUGAAUGUUUUUCAAAUAUCCUGCUGAUUAAUCCUUUGUGGUUUGUGCAUUUUAUUAAGCUUUAUUUGUGUUCAGCAUCGCACAGAUCAUUAAAAUGAAACCAAACA